AUGAACGUAGUAGUUUUAUCUGGUGGUACUGCAACUAAUUCUUUAACAAGCUGCUUCUCACAGAUAUCAGUUAGUGAGAAUCGCGAAUUGACAUACAUUUUACCCAUCUCUGAUAAUGGUGGCUCUACAAGUGAAAUUCUUCGAGUGGUUGGUGGUCCUGCUAUUGGUGAUAUUAGAGCUCGGGUAGCUCAGUUAGUCGGUGAUCCGCAGGUGGGUCAAUUACUAAGUUAUAGACUGCCAAAUGAUAGUGUAAGGGCUAAAGAAGAAUGGAAUUCUAUCGUUGAAGGUCAACAUUCAGUAUGGAAAGAUAUUCCAACCCCUGUUAAGGAAAUGUGUCGAGCUUUUAUCAUCCACAUGCAAUCAGAAUUGCUUAAGAAGACCAAAAGCGCGAAUGCCUUUAGAUUUGAAAAGGCAUCCGUUGGUAAUUUCUUUCUCACGGGUGCUAGAUUAUUCUUAGGGUCGCUAGAUGCAACUGUUGAAUUGUUGAUGAGGAUUGGUAGAUGUGACCCUCAUGCUAGUGUGAUACCUUGCAUUAGCACCAACCAUACGCAUCACAUUGCGGCGUUAUUAAGCAAUGGUGAAGUGAUUAGAGGUCAAUCGCAAAUUUCACAUCCUUCUAAGCCUAAGGCAUCCCAGAGUGUUUUACCUCCUUCCAUCAUGGGUGGAACCACGUCAAGACCUACAACGGCUGCAAAGAGUGAUGGCUUAGAUUUACAUUCAGAAGAGGAACAAGAGGAAGAAUACGCAAAUCCUAUCUACAUUUUACCAGAAUUGAAAAACUCACAAUUACAUUUUGACAAACUAGAAAAGGAGGAGACGUUUUCCGCCCCCAUUGAAAGGUUAUUGUAUAUUAACCCAUAUGGUGAAGAGAUUAAGCCUCAGGGAAAUCCAAGGGCGGUUUCUAAGAUUAAAAGAGCAGACAUGGUUGUCUAUUCCAUUGGAUCUUUAGUGACGAGCCUUUUACCAAUUGUCAUCUUGGGCAAUAUUGCGGAUAUUAUUGCGGAGUCUAAAUCUACUCGAAAGGUGUUAUUGAUCAAUAAUUCUUACGAUAGGGAAAGCUUUUGGCUUGACGGUGUUCGCUACGUCCAACUGGUUAUUGAGUCCAUGUCUAGAGCGGUACAAACUCACAGGCAAUCUAAAGGUUCAAAGGAUCCAACACCGGUGUUAUUGGAUUGGACUCACUUCGUGACCGACGUUGUAUAUCCAAUUGGGGGUGAAAUUCCAAUCGCUCAGGAAAAAUUAGAAUCAAUGGGUAUUAAGUGUCAUGGUAUUGAUUCAAACAAGAUGGAAAACGAAUCGUUGAAGCAAAUAUUGGUACAGAUCGGAUCCUCUAAACCAUAG